GGCAGCAACCUCAUGGAGGACCCGGACCGCGUGCUGCGCCUUUGCCGCGCGAUACUCGAUGACCUGGACGGUACAUGCACCAGCCUGUGCGACGACGUCCAGAAGGACGUCAACCCGACGCAUGCGCUCUCGGCCAUCGUCGAGGUCGUCACGUCCGGUGCACUUCCGGCGGACGCCGAGGAGCGCCUUGUGACAGACUACAUGGAGCACUACGUGCAGGUCUUGCUGGCGCGGUCUUUUGCCGACACUGUCGCAGCGACCGUGAACGAGUUCUUCCAGUUUACGUUGGAAUGCGUCGUGUCACGGCUGCGCAUCGGCGACCCCAGUAUGCUCCCGACGCUCUAUCGCCUCAUGGACGACAACCGCGCCUUCUACCUCAACGACGCUGCUCAGGGCGACGGCGCAACCUCGGAGCUGCUGGCAAAGAACAUUGAUGCGUUUAUUGAAGCGGGCGGGUUCGACGCGAUCUUGUGCAACCUCGACCCGGCGCUGUCGCGGCAGCGGGCAGGCGACCCCGCGACGGACGACGAGAACGAAGAUCUCGAGUACCGCAUUAGCCAGCCCUUUGAGCUCAACGCUGUCGUAUGCGCGUUCAAGUGCGUUGUCAUUGUCAAGGACCAACUGGCGACAGGCUUCAUGCUCGAGCUCCUCCCCGCCUUGAGCGACGCGAUCGUCGCGCACGUGGCCGCGUUGCCAGCGGACCUCUCGUCUGUCCAGCGCAGCGAGCUCGGCGAGGCUGUGCACCUCUUUGAGAUCUUGACGAGCCCGACGCACGACCAUCUCUUCUACACUCUCACCCUCGAGAUUGCGCACAAGAUGCUCGGGUGUCGAUCGCUCGAGAAGCGGCUGCACGGACUGGCCGACAUGACAGAGACGCUCAAGCAGCUGCCGACGCCGAUGGCAGUGGCUUGGCUCGACGCGCACCAGGUGCUGGGGCAUCUAUUUGGCGACACGAUGCACGCCGAGCUGCUCAAGCGGGCUGCCCCCAUCUUUGAUAUAUACGCCGGCGAGAGCGGCGUAGCGGCCGAGCACCUCGACCUGGUCUGGGGCGUGGCCAUGGACGCGAGCAAGGGCCGCCACGAAGCGCUUCUCACGACGACGCUCGAGCUCCUCGUCGAGAUCGUUGCCAACGCGCAGAGCGUCCCGUACGUUCUGGGCCGUGUCGCGUCGCUGCCAAUCAUUGACAGCGCGGCGCUCAGUGUGCUCCGCGCCGCAGCCCGCAAUGCUCGCGGAAGCGAAAACCACCAGCAAGUGGCCACACACCUCUGGAACGCGCUCAAGACGGACCGCUGCGUUGCAAACAUGGACAUGUGCAUUCAAGCUCUGCACGCGCUCCUCGGCGAGGCCAUGGGCGACGUCUUCGUCGACUGCUUCCACCUCAUCCAAGUGCGCUCGAGCCAAACGCCAGAAGCGGUGCGCGCGGCGCUGCACUUUCUGUCGCACUUUAGCCGUCUCUUCUCGGAAGGGUACCGCCCGCGGCUGACCGAGAAGCAGUGCCAUGACCUCCAGCCAACGGUCUUGACGGGUCUCUUGAACGAGCUCUCCGAGUUCAAAGCACGCGGCAACGCCGAGAGCAACGACGCGCAAGAGCCUCUCAAAUGUCGGCUUCUGGCGUUGCACGGGAGCUGGCUGCUGGUGGUACUGGCCAACCACGGCACGCGUAUGAGCCCGUCGCAGCUCAAUACGCUCUGGCACAACUGCGUCGCAUCGGCUGCGACGUCGUCCGAAGCCGAUCUUUGUUUUCAGUGGUUUCAGCUCUGCGAGCAGCUUUUACCGGACGACACGAUGACACUGCUCGACCACGAUUUGCGCAUGCACAUUGUACACCAGUUUGGAUCGCUUCCGAGCUGGCUCAUCUCGGUCGACGCGCUCGAGUGCUUCCACCUGCUCUUCCAGUCGGUCAACUUGACGCUGCAGUCAUUGCAGCCGCUGCCGGGCGACAGUGACGAAGUGCGUUGCGCCGUUGUGCUGCCGCUGAGCGACCUCGUGGGGCUCUCUGAGCUGUGGCACUUGGCGCUCCAUGCGACGGGCGACGUCGUUGAGACGUGCAUGGACCACCUCAUCGCGUAUCAUUUGGACGUCGACGUCGACGCCGAUGUCUGCAAACGGGUGUUUACCGACACGUGCAUGGGACAUUUGCUUCGGGCCAAGGCCAUAGUCACCGCAAACGACACAUGUAGCGACGCGGCGCGCCUCGUGACCCGCUGCGUCGCGCUCUUGCACCGCUUUUUGACGGCGUGUGCGCCAGAAAAGGCAGUGACGCCCGAGCUCGCGGUGCUCCCAUCGCCCGCCAAGCCGGUCGAUGGCGCGCGCGUUCUCAAGCAGUCGGUCUUGCAAGCGCUCAACGACUUCGACGCCCCGAGCGACGACUCGUACGAGUCGCGAACCGCGUCACUGCAGCGGGUCGCGCGCAUCUAUCCGCUGCCGGCACCGAUUCAAGUGACGGUGAAAGCAGCGCCGACAAGCAUUGACAACGCGGUCGUCAACACGGACGAGUACUUUGACGCGCUAUUCCACGUCUUGGAGUGGCCAUCACCGACGAGCGACGGGGCGUGGGACCUGCUUUCGUCGCUCCCGACCAACCGCAAGCUACUGGACCGAAUGGUACUUCUUCGAGACUCCGUCUCGAGCGCCGUGCACUGGGAGAGCUUGCUCGACACGUCGAACGCGCACCGGUUGCUCUACGGUCUCCGCAUCGUCGAGGCGCUCUUGCUGCCGGCGGACGACGUCUCGGGCGACCACGCGGCACGCCGGCAAUGGCGCGAACGCUUUGUGCGCCUCGGCGGCGCACUCCACCUCUACACUGCGAUUGUCGCGUGGCCAGCAGCGUCAACGUCGACGUUGGAAAUGACGUGCUUGGCGGCCGCGCUGCGUGUGGUUGGGUACAUCUGGGGCCUCGACGCGCUCCCAUCCGCUCUGCCAUCGCGCUUUGACCAGCAGCUUGUGGCGGAAAGCCUUCCGGCAUUCCACCGCGCCGUGGACGAGGGCCGUAUCGUGAGCUUGCUUUUGCACACGAUCGAGCGACAUGCGUUGGCGGAGAUGAUGUCGGACGACACAUCGGCCGUCGUCGACGCCGCCAUGCACAUCGUCGUCUUGCUCGGAGCCCGCGCACCAGCGUACGUGCACACGCACUUUCAAGGUCAGUGGCAGCCGUGGCUUCGGGCCAUUGGGCUCCGCUGCCCGGAUGUCGGCACCCGCGACCGGCUUUGUGACGCGUUUACGUCGUUCUUGCGCCAGCAUGGACAAGCCAUGCUGCCAGACGUCGCGCAAGCCGUCAGCGCCAUCGCCCUUACCGUCACGGAGUCCGAAGCCAACGAUGCAUUUUUUGCUCUGGCGACAAGCGUCUUGGCCGCAGCGCUUCCGUUGCCGGCAACCAUGAGUUGGCUGAGCGCUUCGAACUUUGCUGCGACGCUGCUGCAGCACGUGCAAGCGCACACGAGCUCGGAGCGCAUUGGUUCGGGGCCCGACAUCGUCUUGGUCGGUCUGCUUCGGCUCGUGCAAACACUCGUUUCGGCCAACGUUGUGGUGCCGACGCCCGAGAUGGUGGACAGUCUGUGGCACGCGCUUCUCUUUGGAAACGACGGCGUUGCGUGCUACUCGGAGCUUGCUCGUGGCCAUGCGCUGGACAUCAUCGAGCGCUUCGUCGCCCAGGACCCCGCGCACAUCGCACCCACCGCGUUGCAAUUGCUUGUCGCGUUCCAAACAAAAGCUGUCGACGUCCUCGACCGCGUCGGACGGCCGUGGGCGUUUGCGCCGCUCGACGAAGCACGGUCUUCGUCGUCCGCCGCCGGCCUCUUCAACCCCGGUUGCACCUGCUACAUGAACGCCCUUGUGCAGCAGCUCUUCCACAUGCAGUCGUUCCGGGACGCACUGCUCUCAACGUCGAUUGACGCGUCGUCGUCAGCUGCGGAUGAGGUGCGCGAGCUCCAGCGCGUCUUUGUCGGUCUCGAGACAACCGCGCGCAAGUUUGUGGACCCGACCGCCUUUUGCGUAUCGCACAAGGACGAAGAUGGACAGCCGACAGACGUGCGCAUCCAAAUGGACGCCGACGAGUUCUUUGGGGUCCUCCUCGACCGCGUCGAGUCGUUCGUGACUCCCGCGACGCUCGGCUUUGGCGGGCGCCUCGUAAACCAGAUCAUUACCGAGCAUGGACACGUCUCGGCGCGGGACGAGCCUUUUUUUGCGCUGAGCGUCGACGUGCAGCACAAGGCGUCGCUCGCGGCUUCCCUCGCUGCGUACGUACAGGGCGAGACGCUGGAGGGGGAUAACGCGUACUACUGCGAAGUUGCGCAGGCCAAAGUGAAGGCGCUCAAGCGCGUCUGCCUUCAGUCGCUACCCAAGACGCUCGUCGUGCACCUCAAGCGCUUUGAGUUUGACUUUGAUACGAUGGAAAAGUGCAAACUCAACGACAUGCUCGAGUUCCCCACGAGCCUCGACAUGCACCCGUUCACGUCCGACGGUCUCGACGGCAAGGCGGGCGAGGCGCUCUACGCGCUGCGCGGCGUCGUCGUACACAGCGGCACGUGCGACACGGGGCACUACUACUCGUUCUUGCGCGACGCGAAGGAUCUCUGGGUCGAAUGCAACGACCAGACCGUGCGCCCCUUUGACGUGGAGCACUUGCGCGACGAGUGCUUUGGCGGCGACGAAGUCGUCGAGCGCUGGGACGCAAGCACCCGUCGCUAUGUGGCCACGGCGCAGUCCAAGCGCCGAAGCGCCUACAUGCUUUUUUACGACAAGGUGGACGCGCCACCAGUGCCUGCGCGGACACCGCCGACGAGCCACGUGGCAGAGGCGACCGCGACAGUGUUGGCCGAGAACCAAGCGUUCUCAAGCUUGCUGCAUGCGUUUGACGCCGGAUACGCGCCGCUCCUUCGGCAAGUACGCGACGCGCUGGACACUGACAUCUCAGCCACCGACGCGCAGGCGCAGGCGUCGACUGUCGCGGCGUCGAUCCUCUUUGACUUUGCACUUUUGAGCAGCGCGCCGAGAGCGGACGUGGCGGGCUUGCUCGCGCCGCUUUUGACGCCUACCGCUGACUUUGCCGCGUGGUUCCUUGCGUACGCAGUCACCGAGUUGCUCCCGACAGCACCAGGCUGCAUUGCGAUCGGCGAGUACGUCCAGCGCCGGACGCGGCUCUUUGACGUUGUGCAUCUCUGCUCCGACACGCAGCUCCGAAUCGGUUUCUUUGAUGUCGCCUUGGCUUGCAUUGGCGUCUUGGCGUCAGAGGCCUCCGCAGAGAGUACGACGACGCUACUCGCCAACUUUCUCGACGAGUGUGUCGGUAUCUUUUACCAGCGCGACACGAUCGAAGUCGCGGGACCGACGACGUCGACCGUGGUCGCGAACGGUGUCCUCGGGUCGGCGCUCGGCGCUCUUGGUGACUUUCUGGCGCGCGCCAUCAGCAACGUGCCGGUCGCGCGCCGUCUCUUGCGCACGACGUGCCACAUGGGCUACCACUUUGGCGCGUCGCUGGCGGUCGAUGGCGUCGAGUCGACGGCCGCGUCCGUGCCCGAGCAGUUGGUGGCCCAGCAGCCGUCGGCCCGCGUCGCGACGCUCGCACUCGAGACAUUGUUCUUGCCGCAGCUCUUUGAAGCGUCCAACGAUGUGUUGCCGCACCAAGACAUGCAGCUGCUGCUCGACCCGACGCGGCUCUGCUGUGCGCUCGCACUUGGCUUUGAGACCUUUGUGAUGCGCUGCGUCCAGGCGCCGGUCGCAACGGACGCGGACGCCGUCGCCGUCGUCAAGGCGCUUUUGUCGGUGCUCGACAGCGUCAAGACGUCGACGCUGCUUGAAACGACAUUCGAGCUCCUCGGCGGCCUGCUCACCAUGGACGACGAUGGCCACCGGCGCGCCCGCAUCGAAGCGCUUUUCUCGGCCGACGACGGUGCGCUCGAAGUCGCCUACUACUUCCGCCACCACCGAAGCUUGCACCACUACACGUACUACCUCCUCGACUUUGUACUUACGCACGCCGCGACGCACCGCGACGUUAAUGCGUACGUGCAGUCACCCGAGGUGCAGACGCAAACGACGUGGGUGCGUCCAUGGAUGUGGCAGUUUCUGCAGGCAGACGCCGAGAUUGGCGACCUCAGUAGCCUCGACGGGGAGACGCAUGUCGUGUUGGCGCUCGUCGAGCAAGUGUUUUGGAAGGCUGCCUUGGACGAGAACCAAGAUAACGACGACGUCGUCGAUGCCCUCCUGAUCGCGACGUCGACCACAAAGCUCCAAGCCACGCGCGAGAACGACGACGACAACGCGUGCAGCAACAACACGGCGUCGGCAGUCGUCGCGCCGCUGGACCCGUCCGGUGUCAAGGCCGAACUCCGCGCAGACGCCGAUGAUCCAGCGUUCGAAGUGUCCUAGUUCGACGUUGCAUUUCUUCUCUGUGCAUCCCGUUCAUUUAAUAUCAAUACAUGUAGCACUCCGACAGGCCUUGGAGCAUGAUGCGUGUUGACGACG